AAUUGCGUGGAAGAAACCGUGAAGAAACUGGGUAAAAUAGACUGUCUUGUAAACAAUGUUGGUUGCUAUUAUGGUCCAAAAAGUAUUGACGAGAUAUCUGUACAAAACUUCCGGAACCUAUUGGAGGAUAAUUUAAUUAGUAAUUUUACUGCAAGCAAGUAUGCGCUCCCAUAUCUACGAAAAACAAAGGGCUCAAUUGUUAACAUAUCAAGUAUCAGUGCCAAUGCUGCAUUCAAGAACUCAACAACUUACUGCGCUACAAAAGGUGGCGUCAAAUCACUGACAAAAGCACUGGCUAUUGACGAGGCCAAGUAUGGAGUGAGGGUGAACUCUAUUGCUCCAGGGGCUAUAGAAACACCGUUACUACGCGAGGUUUGGCCGAAGGAGACUAUUGCAACGCUGGAAAGUUGUCAUACUAUUCAAAGAAUAGGUAAACCCCGGGAGAUUGGACUUGCUUGCCUUUUCUUGGCUAUUGAUGCCACUUUUACAACGGGAGAGGAGCUAAUGUGUACAGGGGGAUGUGAAAUAGGAUACGGAAAUAAAAACACGGGACUACCCUGCUGAUUGAUGGCGUGACAUCAUUACUUACCGAGGAAUCGUGAAAUCAGUAAUGUUGCUGUCAGAAAGAUGAGCUAUCAGACGUAUGUACUUUAGACCUUCUGACAAGCGCAUGUACAUGUACAAAUUUAUUUAUGAUUCCCCGACAAAGAAAAAACACCUGAACAAAAUAUAUAUCAUACAAGAGAAUUGCAUAUACAAAUAUAUAUUCAAGUAUUCGGAGUGUAAGUUAUAUAUGGAAUGUGAUUGUAUGGACACGGUUUUACUAUUUUCAAUUAAUAAAUACUUCUUUCAAUGAAGACUCUGAUAAUUAUAUCUUAUUGAAAUUUGCAGACAUGUUCAUAACUUUGUUCUAUUUUUACGGAUUUGAUACUUAGGCAAAAUAACACAUAACUUGACUAAAAUUUGAAUUAUGCUGAUACGUUCAUUAUUCUGAUAUGUCCUUGAACUUUCGAUUUACCUUGACCUUCAAGGUCAAAUUGUUGAAAUUUGCUCAAAUUAUCAUCACUUUGUUAUUUUAUUCAUACUUGGACAAAAGAACAAUUAUGACAAAAUCAGCAUGAAGUCUUCGGAAAUGACCUUGAUCUUUAACUUACCUUGACCUUUAAUGUUCAAUUGAUUAUGGAAAUUUUCUUAUAUUUUUUUAAGGAUUUGUUUUAUACUUGGACAAAAGAGCACAUAUGACUAAACUGUCAUGUUGAAUUAUUCUGAAAGGACAUUGACCUUUAAUUGAUCUUGACCUUCAACGUCAAAUUAUUGAAACUAGCUAAAAUUGUCA